GGCCGGGAGUUGCCCUCCCGGGGUCUCGCACGGUUUGCUGUUGCGGCGUCGUUUGCCGUCGCUGUCUGGUUUUCCUGAGACUGCCACAUAUGGACUCCCAAAAAUCUCCGAAGGAAAGUGUCCUCAUUACAGGAGGAGGUGGCUAUUUUGGUUUCCGCCUGGGCUGUGCUCUGAACCAGAAGGGGGUCCACGUGAUUCUGUUUGACAUCAGCACCCCUGCUCAAACCAUUCCAGAAGGAAUCAAGUUUGUACGUGGGGACAUUCGCCGCCCCUCUGACAUAGAGAGAGCAUUCCAGGAUAUGGAUGUCACUUGCGUGUUCCACAUUGCCUCUUACGGCAUGUCAGGGCGGGAGCAACUGAAUCAAAACCUGAUCGCAGAAGUCAAUGUAGGGGGCACAGACAACAUCCUCCAGGCGUGCAGGGAGAGGGGGGUGCCAAGAUUAGUUUACACUAGCACUUUCAAUGUCGUCUUCGGAGGUCAAGUUAUCAGAAAUGGAGAUGAAUCUCUGCCUUACCUACCUCUUCACCUCCAUCCUGAUCACUACUCUCGGACCAAAUCUAUUGCAGAGAAGAAGGUGCUGGAAGCCAAUGGAACAUCCCUGGAAAGCAAUGGCGUCUUAAGAACUUGUGCCCUGAGGCCAGCUGGCAUCUAUGGGCCUGGAGAACAAAGGCACCUUCCCAGAAUAGUGAGCUACGUUGAGAGGGGCCUGUUCAAGUUUGUGUAUGGGGAUCCCGAGAGCCUGGUUGAAUUUGUCCACGUGGAUAACUUGGUUCAGGCUCACAUUCUGGCCGCAGAGGCCCUGAAAGCUGACAAGGGCUACAUUGCCUCUGGGCAGCCCUAUUUCAUCUCAGAUGGCAGACCUGUGAACAACUUUGAGUUCUUCCGGCCUUUGGUUGAGGGCCUGGGGUACCCAUUCCCAUCCAUUCGCCUGCCCUUGACCGUCAUCUACUGUUUAGCUUUCCUAACAGAGAUGACCCAUUUCAUUUUGGGUCAACUCUACAACUUCCAACCCUUUCUUACCCGCACAGAAGUUUACAAAACUGGUGUCACACACUACUUUAGUCUAGAGAAGGCCAAGAAGGAGCUAGGUUAUGAGGCUCAGCCAUUUGACCUCCAGGAGGUGGUAAAAUGGUUUCAAGACCGUGGUCAUGGCAGAAGUCCUGGGAGUCGUGACUCUGAGUGUCUUAUUUGCAAUGGGCUCUUGGUCUUACUCUUGGUGAUAAUUGUCACGUGGCUGUCUUUUAUGAAUUUCUCACUAUGAAGAAGGAGAUAAAAAUAAGGUGCUAAUCACACUUGCUGAGAUGGCUUUUAAGAAAGAGGAGUUCUAAAAUAUAGAUGGAUAGAUACAGAUAUCUAGUGCCAAAUUUUGACUCUUUAAAUUGCUAUUUAAGAAUAGAUUCUCGUAUUAAGUCUUCAUUUCUCACCCCCCUUGUACAAAUCCUAAUGGGAGGAAAAAAGAAGCAGAUAAAUUUGAAAAUUGAUUUUUUUCAUGUCCGUCCUCCUUACAUGGGCGCAGUAGAAGUCAUUUUGGAGCCACAGAGCUAAACUUAGAGUGGAAAUGUCUUACCUGAAUUUGUCAGAAGCCAAAACUGUGCUUAUUUCUGUCCCAUACACUCUGUAUCUACUUAAAAGAGACUAAAACACACAUUGAUAUGGCAAUGGCAAACUACUAACAGGCUUGGAAAUGUGUGAAAAACACCAAAUUGGGCCAGGUCCCUACAGACCAGCCCUGUGGGGAGAUGGAGACUACUGUAGGGGAGACAUUAGCUAUUCACAGCGUAAGGUUUGGGAAUUAGCGUUUGCCCUUUGUGAUUGAUACAAGCACAUUACACCUGUGUGACCACAGGCUACUGUUCGAUGUUUAAACAAAUAGACCUUUAUCUGACCUCAUAAGAUUCUUUUGAGGAUUAAAUUAGACACAGCAUAUAAAGUGCCACUCAACAUACUUAAGUUGUUAUUUUUAUUAAUAUUUUUACUCUACAUUCCUUGUGAAGGUUUUCUUCCUCAUGGUAUUACAUUUAAAAGAUGCUGUUGCUGCUGGCCUUUCUGGAAUGCCUCUGUGGUACGCCCUCGGAGUCUGUAACAAAUGUGUUCAAAUAUACUCAGUGUUUGUAAACUUUUGGUCCUUGAAGAUAGAUUAAAAUUUAGGAAAUAGUUAUAAAUCUGAUAUUUAAGGAAGAUGAUUAAGCUAAUGAUGCUGCUUUAAAAAAAAAAGCAUGACUCUCAACUAAUAGACUGGUUUCCUUACUGGGAAGAAUUUUGGGUCCCCGAAGGCAGUUUCCAGUAAGGGAUGUUUUGAACAAUGGCGGCAUUGUCUAGCCACCAAUGGGGACUGCCUCGGAAGACUUUCAAGUUACACCACUGCAUAGGAACCAAAGUAGAAAGAAGAUAGAGAAUCUUGACCCAUCCUGCGAUUCAAGCUACAGAAAGGACUGUUGAAACAUCGUACAACUUCAUAGGUUUCUCUGGAAAGUAACAUGGGAGUUGUCCUGAGAGAAUCUGGGGGAGGAGGAUGCUAGACAUGCAGUCCCUGGUGAAUGCUGCCUGGAAAAGCGCUCAACCACAGGAGCCACAACCAUGAAGAUCUCGUGUGGCCUUAACUGAGUCACUGAAGUCUCUCCUGUCUUAGUUCCCUCACUCGGGAAAUGGGAACGACUGCAUUUGCCCUUUCUAUAAACCCCCCGACCCACCUCCCAGGGUUUGUUGUGAGCAUAAAAUGAAAUGUGGUGCAA